AUGGCAAACAGUCAAUGCUGUGCGAUUUUCCGCCGUUUCUUCCUUCUCUCGCUGACUGUUAUUAUGGUAGACUCCCACCUCCCGGAUUGGCGUCCUUUUUUUAAGUCGUUAUCAUUCUCAGCCAGUUAUCUGCUCACUCGAAACCAAUCCAGUGCGGACGGAAGAGAUACACACGUUCCUCUAACAGAAUUCCAACUCAGUCAGCUCCUCAAAUUGUACAAGGUUCCUCCAAACGCCACGGUCGAGACUACUUAUAUGGCAUCCAACGUAUCGACAGACCGGAAAACCUGUUGCACUGAAGCCAACAAAUAUGUCUUUGAAGAUAUCUGGCAGAAAUUCCCGCGUGUGCAGGAAACAUGGCGCUCAGUUUGGGAAAAUGUCACUUUCUUGCUAGCGCAUUUAAGGAAUUUCAAAUGUCACGUCACGUUCACGGGCGACAUCGAUACGUCGUUUGCUUUCGACCACGACCAUCUCGCUCUCUUCCCUUUCUUUACCAUGAUAAACCUCUCUGAACUCGUGGUGGACUUAGAUGUGGAACCACACCUAGAUUCUCGUGAAGUUCUACAGACCCUCACCAUGAAGGUCAUGUAUCCUGGCAGCCCGGACACUCAGAUAGCUUCUCUGGUCGGGUUCAUCAUCUCCCGACACCGCUGCGGGGACGAUUUUCACUUGGUUCUGGACGAAGAAAACGAGGAACUUCACUGGUUAUCUGUAGUCCUGUUUGACAAGUUCGGCAAGGUCAAGCCUCAUAUUAUCUGUGAGGGAUUCCGGAGCGGUACGCGGUGCUGGGGCACGGAGCUCAGCGCUGGAAAGAUCAUUUAUGUGCAAGAUGUUACUGUGUACCAGGAUCGACGACAGGGAAUCGGAUCGUUCGUCCUUCAAAAACUAUUCGAGUCGGAGAAUGUUCAAAACGAAGACAUCGUAAUAUCCUGGCCAGUAUCCAGCGAUGUUUCUAAAGAUAUCGUGGUUGCUUUUUUCCGCAAAAACGGCUUUCGGCGCAUUGGCCGUACCCAUUUCUUAGGCUAUUCCCCCAAUCCAAACCACCCGUCUCGUCGUCUACUUCCAGAGAACGACAUCGAAUCUCUAGAAGACAGGUUCUUGGGACGCAAUCCCCCCCUCUCUCCCGAACUGCAAGCCUGUGGACGCGAUGCCAUCGACGAGGAGUGCCGGAAGAAAUAUCCUCUCCACUGCGCUAUCAUCGACCAGAAUACUCCAGAAAUAGCUAAAGUCAUUCAAUCUUUCUACGACAAGGAUCCCGCAAGUAUCCACGUACCCGAACGUCGAGGCUUUCUCCCCGUCUUCGCCGCGGCUCGCGCACCGAACAUCCAUGCCCUCAACAAACUGAUCGAGAUUGGCGUUGCCGAAGACCUGAAGAAUUUCGAUAAUAUCGAAGGUGUUACUCCGCUGGAGGGCGUCCUAAGUUUCAUGAAAUUGUCCCGCGAAUUGAGCGAGCUCCGGACAGGGAUGUGGGCGGGUAACUCAGAGAUGGACAUGAAAGUCAUUAACAUACUGAAGACGGCGAUGAAUCUUCCCACAGAUAGUUAUGUUCAGUUUAAGUUCGGCUGUACAUGCGCACAAUGUUCCGAUGGCUGGCUCUCCCCGCGGAUGAGAUUUGCUUUGAGAGUUCAGGCUGCGUUCUAUAUAAAAGCUCUGUCGAUGGACCUAGGCAGAUUUAAGGGCCGUGCACGACUUGAUGCCUCAGAUGCAAUGACCGGAUGCGGGACUAUGAACUAUCUUCCACCGGGGCUCCAAAGACCCAUGCUCAAGUCCUCCUACACUGGGUUCACGACUGUGUUCAAAGUCAUCUAUAAGAUCCUCAGGAACGACAUUCAAGUCCCGACUCUCCGGGAUAUCAAACACGACGCGGCACUCGAACGGGACAUUUCGUUUUUCAAGUCCGAGGGCGGGAGGGUGGAGCAUGUCUUAGACGCUCUUACGGCCAUUGCAAAGAAGAAGUCGAGGUUGGGGGACGGGACCUUCUACAAGACGUUUGGUAACGAUGAAGAUUUUCUUCGGCUUCCCGAGGAGAGUGAGGAGAGUGGAGGAGCCAAGAUGGAUAAGAAGGAUAAGAAUGAAGAGGAGAUAUCUCUUAAGUGA